CUAUUCCAAUUGGCCUACCUAUCCUCAGCUCUAUGUUUCUGGAGAGCUCAUAGGAGGACUUGAUAUUAUUAAGGAGCUAGAAGCAUCUGAAGAACUAGAUACAAUUUGCCCCAAAGCUCCCAAGUUAGAGGAAAGGCUCAAAGUGCUGACAAAUAAAGCUUCUGUGAUGCUCUUUAUGAAAGGAAACAAACAGGAAGCAAAAUGUGGAUUCAGCAAACAAAUUCUGGAAAUACUGAAUAGUACUGGUGUUGAAUAUGAAACAUUUGAUAUAUUGGAGGAUGAAGAAGUUCGACAAGGAUUGAAAGCUUACUCAAAUUGGCCAACAUACCCUCAGCUCUAUGUGAAAGGGGAGCUUGUUGGAGGAUUGGACAUUGUUAAGGAACUGAAAGAAAAUGGUGAAUU